AUGAUAAUAACGAGACAAUCAAUUGGUCUGAAAGAAUUAACUCGAUCACAAAUGGAUGAUCUUAUAAAAGAUGUUGUUGAUAUACAAAUACAAUUAGCUGAAAUACCGAACCAGCUCAUCAAUUUAAAUGAUGAUUAUGAAACUUUCAAAAUUGAACUGUUAAUGAUUAGUCAUCCAAUUAAUCAUAUCCAAGAUAUCCUUAUAAAGAAAUUACAACUACCUGAGAAUAUUGAUUGGAAUUUGGAAAGUCCUACUCAUUUGCAAUAUUAUAGAUAUCUACGAUUGUUACGUGUUUGCUUUGAGUUGGAGCCGGAAACAAUAGAAGUCCUUUCUUUACAUUCAAAUCCAUAUCUUCCUUGGAGUAAUAGCACAAAUUCAGAGAUAGUUAAAUCUAUAAUACGAAAACACAAUAUUGAUAGCCAGUCAUAUGUACCAGAGUUUAUUUCCAAUGUAUAUAAACAGAACUUGAAGAAAUUGAACACUUCAGAGAAUAGGGCCAAAGCUAAAUCUGGUGGUGGACUUCGUCCAAGAUUGGGAUACAGUCGGAUAAAGAAUGAACUCCAAUUUCAAGAAAGAAAAGACCAAUGGAAGCAUCAUCCCCAUUCUUUAACUAAUGCGUGGUUCUUGAUUGAUUGUGCGACAUUGAAUUCUGUAUGGAAGGGUGAAUUUUGGUUACUUACGAUUGCAUUUAUUUUAAAUCUUAUUGAUGAAGGUGAUAUCCCGGCAAAAGUACAAGCAUGUCAGAUCCUUAAACGCCUUGUUACACGAUUUCUGGAACUUGAUUUCAACUUCAAUAGUAUUCAAAAUUCGGGGUUAAUUCCUGAACUAAAAGAAGGUUUAAGGAAAUGUCUUGUCCAUGUUCCUAGCAUAACGCCUGUUGAUGAAUCAAAAGCUAUAUUAAGCGUGGCAUAUCCUUGUAUUAUAGAUAUUGAAUUGAUUUAUGGAACUAAAUUGGAUUUGAUAGAUAUACUUAAUUCACAUGUUUUACCAUCAUUAGGUCAUUUGCUAAAUAAUCGAGAUUAUGCGAAUACGGGUGUGAUUAUUGAAAUAUUGCUAAAGACAUUGAAUAGGAUGAUUGAAGAACUUUCCAUCGAAGUGUUUCUUAGUAUGUCAAAGAUUAUGUUUACUUUAAAUCAGAUUAUAACAGAUGUUGGAUUAUUAGAAACGACAUCAACAACAGCUGUAUUAGAUGCAUUACAAUGUCAUCAUAAGAUUAUUACUCAAGAAUAUCCUAAAGGGCUUUCUGAAAUAUUGUUUUCUUAUCAUUUUGACUUUAUUGGAGCAUGGUACAUUGUGCAACAAAGAUUGAAGAAAUAUGAAAUGAGCAAUGAACCAGUUGCAACACAGAUUAUUGAGAAUUUAGAAGCACUCAAGAAACUAUCUAAGAAGUGUGAUAAAUUGGAAGAAUAUCUGAGUACAAUAUCCUAUAUUGACAAGAAUAUCCAUUAG